AAAGCAGCGCCAAGGAGUGUUGCUGGCGCGAGUUGUUCGAUAAAAAUCAGUCGUUGUCGAGGGGCUGUUUUGGUGUGGUCGCUAAGUAAACUCAGUGUUCGUGCGAUUAUUUUUUUUCAUCAGUGACUUUUAAAUCAGUGAUUAACCACCAGUGGUUCCCGUUUUCACGAGUGAUUCAUCAGGAGGAAGGAGGAAUGAUAAAUGGUGGCGACAAGCAGCAUGGUGUAUGAGGAGAUUGUGGGUGUUAGGGGCAGCUGACCCCAGCCCCCGCGCACUCUAUUUACGCGCGACAUGCCCCAUAAUUUAAAUAUAACGUCUGCUAAUUCAGCUAAUUCCGGGCCUAACCAUCAGGCCUAUCCUCCAUCUCAACCUUAUCAAAUUAAUGAUGGACUCCAACCUGAGAAAGAACCUGUUGAGUUUGAUGCAAGUCAUCUACGAGGUGCACCAGCCGAGGUGGAGUCUCUGGUACACAACAUCAAAGAAGUUGCUCAGCAAUUUUUGUACCACUGGCGAACCUUUCCAAUUGUACUGCCACCGCCGUUAUCGGCCUGCACUGAUGGAGAAGAUACAUUGGUCCGGAAGAAGCAUCACCUGAGAGAUUUAUUUGUUGCGCCGAGUUUCGACGAGCUCGAUGCGGUUGCCGUCGACAGCAAAGGAGAGCCGCGGAGGCUCACCAACAAACAACUCGAGAGUAUCCGCGAGCGGGGCUUGCACAAGGAUAAGUAUGGAAAGCCGAAGAAACUUAAUGCCACUCAGUUGGAGAGCAUUCGGAGAUGCGGAGAAUUCGAGGUGGAUUCGAUAAAUUUUUCGGGUCAAACACACCGAUGGCGACUCAGCGGACUUCUCCAGCGGGGCAGAGAUCGCAGAAGAGAAACGUUGCUUAAAGAUUUAGCUCUGGCAACGAGAUUUAUCGUCGUCACUGCCAGAGCGCGACUAGUUUCUCAUUGUUUUAGUAUUUCUCAGGCACUCAAGGCAUUGCUGACGGGAUUUUUAAGACUUCUUGAUAUUAUUAUUGGAGUACCGUCACUCCAAGCGCAAAAUUUAGAUGGUAAAAUUCGUGAAGAGAGAUGCCGUUAUCUUGUAGCCGAGUUAGUUUGCCGGCCUGAGUAUGACGAUUCGCUGGAAUUACUUUGUGGUUUUAUACGCAAACAAUUACGACGAGCGACGAUGGAGAAGUUCGAAGUGGAACGGGAAUCAUCGCAAUUGCUGCCAGUCUCGGUGCCCUUUGUCUUCGGUACACCUGCCGGUACUGCCGUCGACUUGAGAUUAUUCAGUCGUGAUAUCAUUAGGAAAGCUCUGCCGACUCUGGUGACUAUACUGGAACGCGAAACACGCGGAUGGUUUUUGCAUUUUCGCGAAAGACUUAUUUCGGAAUUACGAGCGCAGAAGAAAACCGACGAAGAAAUCGAACAGCAAGUCAAUGAAGCGGUAAUGCGAGAAUACCUUCAGCGAGUCUACUCGAGCAUACUUUCUCAUCCGGAUAUUCUCGCUCUGGGCGAUGGCAUAGCCCAGCUCUUGAUCGAACAAGCUCAAUCGGUGGUGCUGAUGCACCGGGCGGUUCAAAAUGUCCAGCGAAAGUUGCACCAGACUAAAGAAUCUUUGCGGUACAAAAUGGAAAGUGAGCAUCCGGUUCUCGCGCGAAUAGGGCCGUGGAUGCGGGACAGAAUGAGAGAAGCCGAGGCUAAUUUUAUUGAAGAAUGUGAAUGGAGUGCACACGAAGAGGCAUUGUCUCUGUGCAAUCGACAGAAUUUACGUCAAACCGUUUACUUCCUCAAUCGUGACUUGACAUUCAUGAAAGAGCGGGAACCAGUUCUGCUAAAAGAAUUGCGCAAAGUCAAAACACCGACACGAAGUUUCCAGUGGCCGACGCAAAUAUGGCUGCCGCGUAACUGGAUAGUGAGGCGGAAUUUCCAAGGGGUUUCUGAAAUAAUCCCCACAGUUUUAAGCAACACGCCGACAUCGAUAACUACCCCGCGUGCAGACCCAAGUCAGCCGGUAUUUUUGGUUGAGCGGGAGAUUUGUCACACAACAACAACACGAUGGCCCAUGUGGCGCUGGAUAAAUUACAUCGCACGGACGUGGUGCUGGACGUGGAACGCAAUGUUUUUGUUCGGUGUCGCAGUGCCCUGGUGCAGCCGGGUCUCACUGCGUGCGCUUCUGCUGGUUGAACCCUUCACACCGGAUUUGGAGCUGAGCCAACUCAAUGGGACACUAUUCCCGCGAAAAUCCUCACAGACACCGACUUUAUGUUCCCGAUUGAUUGCACUCUGGCGGCAUAUCAGCAAAAGCCGGACGCACUUUGAGACUGAGCCUGACACUGGAUUUAUUGGCAAAGGAAUGACGAGGCACAUAAACAGACUAUGGAAUUACGGAGUAAAAGGACUUAUGGGAACUAUGGGUAUUCUCUUCCUAUUUCCCAUAAUCUGCAUUAUCGCGAGUUUCAGUUCACUUGUCAUCGCUCUUUCAGCUUUUUUAUGGAUGCCGAUGGUAACAUUAUUACUGCAUGGAUUCAUGGCUCUAGUAAUGGACCUCGACAGCCCAGAACCCAGUCGAAAUCGAUAUUUAGUUGUAAUGGAAGCGCUGGCGUGGAAUAUCGGUGUCCAGGGCUGCUUACAACCUAUAGCCGCUUUAAUAGUCGCCGUAUGUGUAUGUCCAAUAAUUUCAUUUUUGAUACUCACGAUUGCUGUGAUAAGAUACUGGAUACGAGUGAUGUGGGACACUGCGAUGUUCCAUCUUGUGAUUAAGAACCGCGGGCGUGUACCUGCGAGCGACAGUUUCGUUGUAAAGAGAAUCGCGGGUCCUGGACUGGCCUCGGAUUACUAUUAUCAGAUAAGACCGGAGCAAGCGUUGGCAGCUUUUGAGGCGAAACUUGAACUCGACGAACUUUUGGCUUUCCAACAAGAAACAGAGCGUCUUAUUACACAACCCCAGCGUGACUUUACGCAGUUUGUUGAGGCGUGUUUUAGUCCAUUUGCCACCAGUUUAGCCAAGACACGUGACCCCUACAAAUCUUUGGAGAAAGAGGCGCGUGACUUGGUCGCUGUUCUUCACGAAAAGCUGGACCGUCGCCGCAAGGACUUGCAAACUGGUCUCGGAGUUGCUGUGAGAAGCAAAAUAAAGUUGACGACAUUUGAUCUGAAAAUUGUUAUACAACAAGCUGCGCUGAUGCUGGAGCGACUGUAUCCCUCCCACGUGUUGGCGCGUCUCAGCGGUUGCGAGGAAGACUUCUGGGAAAACAAAGGCCUGAGUGUUGGCGACUGGGCCGGGUUAGCCGGUCUCAUGUACGCUGAUAUCUUCAGCUUAGAUUUUUUGCAGCCUCUUGACGAUACUGACACUAAAUUCAAGUUAGAACCACAUCCAGGAGUCGAUCUAAGUCGUUAUACAGAGAUGGUCCACAGCACUGAGCUCGGCGGUGUCAAUGGAUUAGAUCUGCUGGGCGCGAUUUACGCACCACGUGGUAACAUUCAAGUACAGAGCCCAUAUCUUGAGGUGUCGUACUUUAAUCCGCGCGCAAAGCUGGCCAGUAACAGCCGCAAGUCGGAAAAAAGAUGUGAGACAAGUUUAUUGACUUCACCAAGAUCAAGACGCAAAACAAAUUCGGGAUUAUCCGUCAGUGAUGGACGCUGGCAACCAUGGAAACGUGAGAUACGACCUUACAGUGCUGAAAAACUCGUAAUACCGCUUCCCAUACCACAUCCAGCUCAUAUUGCAGUAAAUAUUCAUAAUCGUGACUCUGAAGACCCUAUUGAUCUCGACUCGGAGCUGUGUCAAAACAUUCUCCGGGCGAUUGAAGAGUCUCCGGGUGAGAUGGCGACCGAGUGCGUCGGCCGUUAUCGCGGAGGCGGCGGUGACUCGAGCUUCGACUCGGUCGCGUCCCAGUCUUCAGUCUCACUGGAGACUGGUCUGGACAAAGACAACGAUCCCGAGGAGACUCUGCACGAGGGAGAGAUCAAAGAACAGGGAGAGACUUAUCACUGGACACUUUCUAACUGGGGCGGCGGCAUGGCUAGACGUAGAAACAAUUCGGGAUCCAUUAAAGUUGAUCUUGCGUCACCGGAAGACGUUACUUUGGACACUGAUACCACUAGGGUGAUGUUCAGCACUUACGGUACGACCGUUUAAACUUUUGACGUUCAAUGCUUCCUCAUUCUAUCAUGUUAAAUUAUUUUUUUUAUUUUAUCAUUUUUUUUCAAGUGACUCGUGUAUUCGUUAGUUUUUUUUUAGUUUAUUUAUGAUAAAUUUAUAAUAAAUGAGGGCUCAAGAUGUUGAUAUUACAGUGAAUUAGUCUUUGUUUUAUAUUUUUUUUAAUUUAACGCAGUUAAAUAUUUUACUGGUUAUAACAAAAUGAAUUUAUGUAUCUUUGAAUCUUAGAUAUUUUUUUUACUGUUAAAAAAAUUAUGAGGGCAAUUCAUUUGUUUGAUAUUUCACUUGCCAUAAAAUAUAUUUAUUUGUUACUCCGUGUAAAGUAGAAAGUAGAAAACUACAUUAUGAAUACAACAGUUACAACAAAAAGAACAAUUAAGCGGGAAAAAUAAUUAAGCUUUUGUAAUAUACUCUCUAAGUUUUAUUGUAUUCUAUUCUAUUAUACUUUUUUAUUAUUUAUUUUAAUUAUUAUUUAA